ACCGAGCAAGGAAGCCCAGCCCCGAUGCACCUCCCCUUGAGAACUGGUAAGAAAAACUUGACAUUUUCCUUCCUUUUCUUGUUCAAGAACCAGAUUUAGGCUUGGAAAUCCCCCCCUCCCUGCAGAAAAAUCCCGGUUCUGCUCUGCUCUGUUUCUUCCAUCUGCUGCUCCUGCUUUGUUGGGGCGAAUUGGUCUGGUUUCUAAUCCGUGAGUUUCCCCUGCAGAUUCCAUCGGCUUCCCCAACCCGCCAGCUCUAAUUUUGUUUGCUGGAAAAAUUUUGGUAUGUUGACAGCUCCUCCAAGCCUAAAAUUUCAUCAAUUAAUUGCUGCCUGUGCUAUCCGAAAUUCUGUAGUAAUUAGGGGAUAAUUCCGGUAGCUUUAGGACAAAAUUUAAGUAUGGAUUCAUCAUUCAAGUAGAAUUUAUGUGUUUGAGUGUUAAUUGACUGUUGUGAGAUUGUGGAGAAAAUCACGUGAGAUUAGCUAUGGUUUUGCCAAUUUUUGGAAGUUGUAGUUACUGUUCAUGGCGUAAUUACUGUUCAUAAGUACUGUUCACAAGUACUGUUCACAAGUACUGUUUACGCACUAAUGGCCAACAAUUAACGGGGAUUAAAUGUUUAGUUUGUUAUAUAAAAACAAAUUUGGAGAUGUCCAGUCAUAGGGAGACUAAUAAAAAUAGCAUCGUGAUUAGAGGUGAUCCUAAUGAAGUUUUCACUUUGAAUUUGUGAUAGUAUGGUAUUAAUUCUGGGGUAUUUUGAUUUGGUUCUUGAGUGUUAUGUCACCCGAGUACUUGGCUUGAGUUUCGGAUUUGAGUGGGAGGUUUAUAAACGCUAGCACAUGUCAACAUGUUUACUGAUAGGACCAGUUCAUUCUGUAAUCCUACCAAUGGGAUAAUACAUUAGUUAUUACUGAAAUCCUGCCAAUGGGAUAAAAUAUUGGUUACUACUGUGCCCGCCAGUGGGAGAUUUAUAAACGUUGGCCAUGACUUAUAGAUGAGACUACUACUGAAUUUUUUUCUGCAUUAAUGGUUUGUUAUUGAAUGCUUUGUUAUUGAAUUGAAUCUGAUUUUGUAUUAACGGUUUAUCAUUGAACGUUUUGAUAUGUUAAACUGUUUAUCAGGAAUGUUAAAAAUUUUAUUCAUGGGCUAUCCGUAUUUUUACUUACUGAGAUAUUUUAUCUUAUAGUUUUCCUUGUCCACCAUUUCAGGUAGUAUGACCCGAGGACGAGGAAAAACGAGGGGAGUGACGAGUUAGAUGGCUAGCCAUCUUGUAAAUCGAGCAUAGAGUUUAGAUAUAAAUCAUGAUCUUAUAAGCUAGACUUUAUUUGGAGAUUUUUGAAAUCAGAGCAAAUUUUAUAAUUUUAUCUUCAGAUUUUGUGGUAUCAGAUUGUGGUAUGAUAAAGUUUCAAGCCUUGU